CGAACGACUCGGGUCCACUGCCGACUGGCCAUGGCCGCGCCACCCCAGGGGGAACGCGCGAGCAGUGGCCGCGGCGGCGGCGUCGAGCCGCACGUGCUCCUGGUGCCGUACCCGGCGCAGGGCCACCUGCUCCCGCUCCUCGACCUCGCGGCGCUGCUCGCCGCGCGCGGGCUCGCGGUCACCGUCGCCGUCACGCCCGGCAACGCCCCGCUCCUCGCGCCGCUGGUCGCCGCGUGCCCGUCCGUGGGUGUCGCCACGCUGCCGUUCCCGUCCGCGCCGCGCCUGCUCCCGCCGGGGAGCGGAGAGAACACCAAGGACCUCCCGCGCCACCUCUUCCGGCCGUUCACGGUCUGCCUGGCGGCGCUCGGCGCGCCGCUCCUCGACUGGUGCAACGCCCAGCAGCGGGGCCGCCGCGUCACGGCCGUCGUCUCCGACUUCUUCACGGGGUGGACGCAGCCGCUCGCCGCGGAGCUCGGGGUGCCGCACGUCACGUUCUCGCCUUCCUGCGCGCUGCACCUCGCCAUGUCGCACUCCCUCUGGCGCCACCUGCCGCGCAGGCGCCGCCCCGACGACGCCGAGGAGGCCGUCACGUUCCCGGAGAUCCCCGGCUCGCCUAGCUUCCCGUGGCGCCAGCUGUCGGGGCUGUUCCGGCAGUACGUGGCCGGCGACGAGGUGUCCGAGGCGAUCCGCCAGUUCUUCCUGUGGAACCUGGACAGCGCGUGCUUCGUCACCAACUCGUUCGCGGCGCUCGAGGCGCCCUACGUGGAGCGCCCGCUCCCGGACCUGGCGUCGAAGCGGGUGUUCGCCGUGGGCCCAUUGUCCGAUGCCGUGGCCACCUCCAGCGACCGCGGCGGGAAGCACGCGGUGGCGCCGGCGAGCUUGGCCGCGUGGCUGGAUGCCUUCCCCGACGGCUCCGUCGUGUACGUCAGCUUCGGGACGCAGCACGCGCUGUCGCCGCCGCAGGCGGCCUCCGUGGCGGACGCACUGGCGCGGAGCUCCACGGCGUUCGUGUGGGCUGCGCGCCCGGGCACCGCGGUCCCGGACGGGUUCGACGCAGCGACGGCGUCGCGCGGCAUGGUGGUCCGCGGGUGGGCGCCGCAGGUGGAGAUCCUGCGCCACCGCGCGGUGGGGUGGUUCCUGACGCACUGCGGCUGGAACUCAGUGCUGGAGGCCGCGGCGGCCGGCGUGGCGAUGCUCACGUGGCCGAUGGGCGCCGACCAGUUUACGGACGCGCGGCUCCUCGCGGAGGCCGGCGUGGCCGUGCUCGUGGCGGAGGGCGCCGACGCCGUGCCCGACGCCGGGCGGAUGGCGGGCGCGAUCGCCGCGGCGGUCGGGAAGGAGGGUGACCCCGUGAGGGAGCGCGCGGCCGAGCUCGGCAAGAUGGCGGCCGCCGCGGUGGCGGAGGGCGGGAGCUCGAGCAGGGACCUGGAGGAGCUGGUGGAAAUGCUCGCUAACGUCGUCUAGGGUCCGGCGUGUCCAUAGAAUCUUUGAACUUCCAUUGCUGUUCAUGUAUCAAUAUAGCAUUGGCAAGCAACGCAACAAGUAUUAGCUAGUGAUUUUUUAUCUUAGAGAACACCAUGAAUUUGCGUCGAGGAGCAGCUGUAGAUCAAAAGAGUACUCUCUGGCCCUCGAUGCUCGCAGUCGCAGCAAUGGUGAGGUGCGGGGAAGAAACGGUCUGUUGAUGGGAGAUGAGCUGCAAUUGCUGAAGCUAGAAGAAGACAUACGAGGGGCGCGCAGGUGGUUCC